AAAUACCCCUAUAGGAAGACGAAGAAGAAGAAGUUGUUUCUUGAUGAACGCGAUCCGCUGGACUGUCAGGAGAGCCGCUAGUCACGUGUUUAUAAAUAAAGACUAUCUGAUGAAGAAGAUGCGGAUCGGGACUCAUAACGGCACCUUUCACUGUGAUGAAGUUCUGGCGUGUUUCUUUCUGCGACAGCUGCCAGAGUACAAGGAUGCUGAGAUCGUCCGCAGCAGAGACUCUUCUGUCCUGGCCGAGUGUGAUGUUGUGGUGGAUGUUGGUGGAGAGUUUGAUCCCAGUCAUCAGCGAUACGAUCAUCAUCAAAGAUCUUUUGUGGAAAGUUUCCAUAGCUUGUGUCCAGAGAAGCCAUGGGUGACGAAGUUGAGCUCGGCAGGUUUGAUUUACCUUCAUUUCGGCAGACGAGUUCUUGCCCAGCUGACCCAGCUGAAGCAGGACGACACGCGGCUGGAGGUCCUUUAUGACAAGAUGUAUGAGAACUUUGUGGAGGAAGUGGAUGCAGUGGAUAAUGGGAUCUGUCAGUGUGACGGAGAGGCGCGUUACUCCAUCACCACCACCCUCAGCGCUCGCGUCGGCCAUCUCAACCCGCACUGGAACAGCAAAGACCAGAACACCGAGGAGGGUUUCCAUAAAGCCCUGGCUCUUGUAGGAGUUGAGUUCCAGGACCGUUUGGAUUACUACAUGAACGCCUGGCUCCCGGCGAGAGAGAUCGUGCAACAAGCUGUUCAGACGAGAUAUCAGGUGGAUCCGAGCGGGGAGAUCGUGUUGCUGGCUCAGGGCGGUUGUCCUUGGAAAGAGCAUCUGUUUGCCCUGGAGAAGGAGAUGAAGGUGGACGUGCCCAUUAAAUUUGUGCUGUACACGGAUCAAAAUGGCCACUGGAGAGUCCAGUGUGUCCCGGCGGGACUGAACACCUUUCAGAACAGGUUGAGUAUUUUGGAGGAAUGGCGAGGCGUCCGGGACGAAGCGCUGUCCGAGCUGAGUGGAAUUCCUGGCUGCAUCUUCGUUCAUGCCAGUGGUUUCAUUGGGGGGAACAAGACGCAGGAGGGCGCUCUGGAAAUAGCCAAAAGAACGCUUCAAACGGCACCCAAACCUUUACCCAGCAACUGACACGUACCUGUAAUUCACCUGCUCUCAUGAAAACUAAUAAAUAAUUUUCUUGUUUGUA